ACCGCUCUUUUCGGCUUCGCAUCGCCCCUCUUUCCUCUCUUUCUCUUGCUUCUCUCCGUGCUGCGGAACUGGGGAAUCGGCGUUUCCCCGAAUCUGGAAAUCCGUUUCCCUCUAUGGGGCGGAAGGCAUUCCUCCGGCAAGCGGAGGAGCAGGUGCCGGACGAUCUCCGGUGCCGGCGUUCUGACGGAAGGUCCUGGCGCUGCCCUCGCAGGGCCGUCUCCGGCGUUAGCUUCUGCGAGCACCACUACGGCCAGGCCCAGCGCCACGCAGCACAGCGAGCGGCACCAGCUGAGCCAAAGGAGAAGAGAGGUGUCUCUGCUCUUGUGGCUGUCGACCACCCACCGGAGAAGAGACGGAAGAGGGGAGGUGCGAUGGAUGAACUUGUGAGAGUGGCGGUGAGGCGGCAGGUGAAGAGGAGUGAAGAGAGGAGGAAGAGGGGUAAGACUUCGAAAGAGGCGAAGGGGAAAGAGGUGGUGAUCAACCUCCCAAAUGGGGUGAUGGCGAUCUCGCCCACACCCUUGAAGGGUUUAGGCAAUGCUGAUCCGCCACUCGACCAGAAACUAGGGUUAGGGUUCAAUGGUGCCGAUUUCUCAUCGCAGCGGCGAUUUAGGUCCAAGAAUUUGGAGCCUGUUCCUAUUCAAUCGAUAAGCAGAUUUCCUAGCAUUAAAGGAUCGGGAAAGAGGUUGAAGAGAGUUUGCCAUAGAUGCAGGGAGAGCAAAGUCGGCCGCUUGGUCAUGUGCUCGAGUUGCAAGAAAGAAAGCUUCUGCACUGGAUGCAUAAAGGAAUGGUACUCUGGGCUGUCGGAAAUCGAAGUCAAAGUGACAUGUCCAGUUUGCCGUGGUGAGUGCUCUUGUGAAGCAUGUAGUCCUUGUGGAACUAAAGAGAUUGUGGUAAAGGAAACGGAAAAUGGUAAAGGGAAGGAUAGUGAGAUCCAAUAUGCUCAAUAUCUGAUCUCCCAGCUGCUCCCAGUGUUGAAGAGAGUCAGUCAGGAAAAGAAAAUUGAACUUGGAAUUGAGGCAAGCAGACAAGGAAGAAAGAUUUUCAGCGUGCAGCUUCAAAUGACAGACUCCAGCCGUAAUGAGUUAAUCAACUGUUAUUUUUGUAAACGGGGGAUUGCUGAUAUUCAUCGAUGUUGCUCAAGCUGUUCUUAUAUACUUUGCCUAAGCUGUUGCCAAGAGAUUCCCAAGGGAAGCUUGUCUGGGGUGGUUCCAGUUUCCACUUGUAGUGCACAACCUGGUAGAGGAAAGACAUCUGCUGCUGCUGGGAGGAAGGUAGCUAAUGGUGUCAAGCAGAGACUCCCUUCUGGAUUGAACCAUGGCGGCUCUUUCCAAUCUGCUUCACCGGUGUCAAAUGAAUGGCAAGCCAAGAACAGUGAUGAUAGUAUUCCUUGCCCGCCGAAGAAGCUCGGAGGUUGCAAUAAUGGAUCCCUGAUCCUCAGAUAUGUUUCAGUUGGGCCAACAACAUCAAAUUAAAAAAAUAUUCAACAUUGUUUGAUAGAGGUCAUGGUUUUUUUAGAGCUUUCGGUUACCAGUUUAUUCAGAGGAUAGAGGACAUUCAUGUGGCUAAUUCUCAAAAAAUCGAAUGCUGUAGUGUAAUACAUAGUCCAAUAUUGAAAGCGGAAAGAAGAACUUGUGAGAAGGCUCAUUUAGAAGUAGGCAUUGUUGUACAUAGUUUUUCUUUAUUAUUUGUUACCCUAUUAUCUCCUAAAGCUUUAUUGGAACAGCCUGUUUUUCACCAUUUUACUUCAAUAUUUAUUUGACCAUCACCUGCCAA